AAGUGCUUUAAGACUCUUUCUUCUAUUGACACGUGAGCAUCAACGUGCGUAACGAAUGGUAAUACUGUAUGUCUACAGUAGUGACUUUCACGUAGGCCUGAGACGUGUGAUGUUGUGUGCAGACGUGAGCAUAGGAAGUACUGAAGACUGCUGUUCUUUGCCCAAAAACCAACGCUGCUAGCGAAUCAGAGUGCAUGCGUGUACCGUCCGGUGUGUGUCAAUCCAAACGUCACCUGCACAAAAACAGCAAUACGUCGACACCGUACAUUUAUUUCUAGCCUGACUUUCCUCUGGUCCUAGAGCCUCUGAGGUCAUGUUAGACUUUCAGAUCUAGACUAUACUAGACUUAGACUGCAUGUACGUACUCUGUCUAUGCCUCGUCUCCGACAACGUUUUACCCAUGCAGUAAUGAGUUCAGGAGCGACGUGAGCACUUGCACUAUGUACUUUUGUCAGUUCAGUACAGUGUACGAUUGGUUUGAUUGAAAUUAACGAGUAGCUCUAAUUCACGUGAUUACUCGUACAGUUGAGCUGGUACUAUACGCGUAUACACUACUGUACAAAGGCUGCUUUCGUGCACUAUAGUACUAGCCAAGCGUUGGGUGUGGUUGUUACGCAUGGACGUGGGUUGGACUUCGACUGUAUACUUUGCAUGGUGUACUGCCGUCUUGGCUGCUGGCUUACCGACUCCACCACUGUCUGAUCCUCGUUACCUACCAAAUGGAAGAAUGAUGCUAGAGUCAGGCUACUUGGAUCAACCUUACUGUGUUAUUGAUCGACAUCACAGAAAUCGAUGGGUGUGUGCCAUCACUCAAGAUGCUCUACACGAAGGCGGGCCAGGAGAAAGAGUUGUAAGCAUGUACAGCACAGACAGAGGGAAGUCGUGGUCAAAGCCGAAUUCAAUUGAAGCAAACACGACGCUAACAAAUGCCUACUCUUCAAUCGCCAUAACCAGAUUUGGUCGCAUUUAUGUGAUGUACAAUUUCAACGCAGAUAACGUCAGUGCGCUACCUGAUGGAAAGAAACUUGGUCGAUCAGAUACAUUGGGCCACUUUGUAAUGAAAUACUCAGAUGAUGGUGGAGAUUCAUGGUCAUCUCACCGCUAUGAAAUCCCAUACAGGCUCACAUCUAUUGAUAACAACAAUAGUUGGAAAGGAAAGGUGAAAAUGAUGUGGUCAGUUGACCAAAGUAAAUUGGCAAAUGACAGCACACUAUAUUACUCAUUCACAAAGAUUGGUGUUUAUCCUCAGGAUGCACCUGAAGAGGUUUGGUUCUUAAGUUCUGCUAACAUAAUGACAGAGCAGGAUCCUUCAAAGAUUGAAUGGACACUGCUACCUAAUGGAGAUCAUGGUAUUCCACCACCAGGCGGAAAUCCCAACAUCGCUGAGGAAGGCCACGUAAUGCCACUGCCCAGUGGAGGAUUUUAUGCCGUCUUCAGAACCACCCAGGGAUUUCUUGGGGCUGCAAGUAGUCCAAUAGGGAAGCAUGCGACGGAGUGGACUACACCUGGUUUUGCUGAAUAUUGGAGAAGUACUGCAAACGAUCGACUAUAUCUGAAGAAUCCGCGUGGUCCAAUAACAAUGAAACAGUUUAGCAACGGCAGAUAUUUAUUGCUCUUUUACAACAAUGGAGAUACGGGUUUUAAUUCUCGUAAUCCAUAUUGGCUGUGUUGUGGAAUCACGAACAAGAGUGGAGAUACUAUUAUGUGGUCGCAGCCCGAAAUUAUUUUGUACGAUCGAAUUCAGGACAGCAGACCAGGCUAUCCUGAUUUCAUUGAAGAAGACGAUGGAGCAAUCUAUAUCACAGAGACACAGAAGACUAUAGCUCGAGUACACGAGAUUGACAAGGUUAUGCUUGAGCUAUUGUUUCAACAAGACACCAUAAAGAGUGUGACACAAAGAGAACUAGCUGCCGUAUUCAAUUCGACUGAAGACUACACGACUGCUCCAACGUUUCCUGAUUUUGGUCAAUACAAAGUGGCUCAACAAGGCUUUACGAUAGAUAUGUGGGUAGAAGACCACACAGUGUCUUCACCAGGCGAUGUGAUGUUAGACAGCACUCUUCCCUCAGGACAGGGUAUGAAGAUGACAGUUAGCACAACAAUGAAUGUUACGAUUACUUUGCAGGACAACAAAGGAUACACUGCUGUACACAGCACGGAUCCUUCUUGCACUAAACGCUUGUUAACCCCAGGUCUGCAUCAGCUGGCAACUGUUGUUGACAACGGACCUUUUGUAAUCUACUUCAUGGUGGAUGGUCUCGUUUGUGAUGGCGGUCCUACUCUAAAAUCGGGAUUGCAAUGGAUAACAAAUGAUCUUGGCGAUAUCAAUGGGUCAGACAAGUUGUUGACUGCUCGAACGUACAAAGGACUGAUUCGUAUUGGCAGAGUUUAUACACGAGCCCUCUACACGUCUGAACUGGUUGGUAAUUUUCAGAGUGGCUUUGGAAAUUAAAUGACAGUAUGUGGGCCUCAGUAUGUUAAAACUCAUUAAAUUGAGCCUGAUAUUUGUAUUUUGCGACAGAAAUUUUGCUCAUCACAUUGUUACAUUUCACAGCAACGUACGGAUAGCAAAAUGAAUGAAAUACAGGAAUUCUGUUGAUGCCGCUGUUACUUGCUUAUAAUGAAACUUGAGGGUCAUCAAAUUCAGACAUGUAUUCAAGAUGGUAAAACACGUACUGGGUUUGUGCCAAACUCGAAAGCGAGUGUCAUAGGCUUAGGAUGGGGGGAAGAAACGGGGGCACAUCACCCCUCAACUUUCCAGCUGUCAAAUGACCUGCUAAUAUAAGGACAGAUGCAGAAACUGAUAACACUGACAUACGGCAUACAGUAUUACUACAAUACACUAUAGUGUUAAUGUUGGUUUCUUGUUUUUUGCUGUGAGCAUACGUGUAGAUGAUUAAUUAAUAAUACGUUUAGCUUGUUGUGCAGAG